GAGGGAAUCAACAUCGUGCUUCGCUGGGGAGCUGUGCAGAAUUUGCUAUGCCCUGCCCAGGCAUCCUUUGACCGGCUGGAUUUCUCCAUUUAUGUCCACCUGCGCACCGGAGGGCAACAUAGGAUGAACAUCAGCAGUCAUGAUGCAAGGACUGAAAAAACGAACCAGGAAAGUUCUGGGCUUACGAAAGAGAGACAAGGAUACAGAAGCAACGAGUUCGCCUGACAAAGAAGGAAGUGCAAGCGGAAAGAAAGGAAAUAAAAAGGCCAAUGGAGCACCGAAUGGUUUCUAUGGGGAGAUUGACUGGGACAGAUAUGCCUCUCCGGACGUGGACGAGGAGGGCUUCAGCCUCCGGCCUGGGGAAGAGGGCGAUGCAGCUUCCAAAGGAAAGCAAUAUUCCUCCUCCAGCGACUCCGAGGACGAUGAGGAAAGCAAACAGAAGUUCAAAAUUAAGAUCAAGCCGCUGGUGGCGCACAGUGCCAAGUGUGUCCCUCCAUCUAUGGACGAGCUAAAAGCCUCAGUGGGAGGCCUAGCACUCUCUCCAUCUCUGAAGAGAAGUCCGAGACGCAGCCCGGGGCAGAUAAAAAGGAAUUUGUCCUGUGAAGAGAUUGCCAGACCCAGACGCUCCACCCCCACACCAAGUCCUGCCCCUGAGACGCCGAGUGACAGGCUGUCGCAGAACGUUCCUGCCUUUUUUGGGCUGCCAUCAGAGACCAAAUAUGCCAGAUAUGAUGUGGUGCCGACUGAUGUAUGGGAAGAAUCAAGGCCACGCUCGGAAUCACCGCUGAGCAGAAGUUUCCCAACGGGAGCUCCCCCUCCGCUUCCUCCAAAAAACAUUCCAUCAAGAAGUCAUUACAGCUCUGCUUCCGAUUCUGAUGCUAAUCUACCCAAUGGAAGGGCCGGUCGCAGGUCAGCCCCCAUCUACCUGAACGUCCUGUCUCCCGCGUCUUACCGAGGCUCCCCGGCCCCUGACCUGGACGACGUGUUCGGCCCCUCGGACGGCACCCGCACCAAUGAAGAAACGGUGUCUCCCAGAUGGGUUACUUUCACCAGCGACAGACCCCCGCCGCCUGACGAACCCGCACCUCCUCCUCCACCGGACUCUCCUGCUCCAGACACGCCCUCGUCGACCCCCUCCACUCCCUGCCUCUCUCCAGGACCGCCGCCAAAUGAGCCCCCGCCUUCGCCUCCACCGCUUUCACCGCUCUCCCCGCUCUCACCGCUCUCACCCAGGUCUCCUCCUCCUUUCACGCCACCGGAAUCACCUCCCUUCAUCGUGCUCGGACCUCCUCCGCCGGAUGAACCGGCCCCUCCCCUGCCUCCCGACUUCUCCACCUCUAAUUCGCCUCCUCUAUGUUUCGACGACGAGGGGACCGAUGAAGAAGUGCUGCAGUUUGCAGAGUACUGUUCGUCCCCUGCCCCCAUCAGCCCCGUGCCCCCUCUGCCUGCAGAGCGGAGGUCUCCUCGGGUCGGAGUCACAUCUCCUCUGGUCCUGGGGGGCAUGGGGGGAAAGAGGACUCCAGAAGGAGCAUACCUGAGAGAUGAUAUCCCAGACUUUGUGGGUUCACCCAGAGAGCUGACGCCGAGUUUCAGGGGCACGCCACCUCCUCUCCCUCCAACCACGUACAGGUCUAUUAUGUCUUCCCCAGGGCCCUACUCAGGCAGCAGCCCCUCGUCCCCAGCUCGUCCCGCCACGCCUCAGUCUCGAGGCAGUCCGGUCCCGCCGCCUCCUCCUCCUCGACCGUCCUCGCGACCAAAGCUGCCCCCGGGGAAACCAAUCACAGACCUGACUCGGCCCUUCAGUCCUCCGGUUUCAGCCAGCCCCCCACCUUUCGCCCCCUUGGCCCGGACAGAGAGCUCUUCCUCAAUUUCCUCCAUUACUUUACAGAGUACAGCGUCCACUCCAACCUUAGGAAGGGACCUCAACAUGUCCGGCGCAGGAUGCUCCAGAGGACCCAGUCCACUCACCAUGGGACCCCAAGACACUCUGCCAGUGGCAGCUGCCUUCACAGAAACUAUCAAUGCCUACUUCAAAGGCGCAGACCCCAGCAAAUGUGUUGUGAAGAUCUCAGGGGAGAUGGUGCUGUCCUUCCCCGCGGGCAUAACCAGGCAUUUUGCCAGCCACCCAACUCAACCCAUCCUCACCUUUUGCAUCAGCAACUACAGCCGACUGGAGCAGGUCCUCCCCAAUCCACAGCUGUUAUGCUGUGACUCCAUAACAGACAGUGUAGACACCAAGGAGUUCUGGGUAAAUAUGCCAAACUUGAUGAGCCAUCUGAAAAGAGUGGCUGAACAGAAGCCUCAGGCGACAUACUACAACGUGGACAUGAUCAAAUAUCAGGUGUCAACAGAGGGGAUCCAGUCCACUCCUCUGAACCUGGCGGUGAGCUGGAGAGGCGAUCUCACAAACACGGACCUGAGAAUAGACUACAAAUACAACACAGAGGCCAUGACCGCCCCCGUGCCACUACACAACAUCCAGUUCCUGGUUCCUGUGGAUGGAGGCAUGGCCAAACUCCAGGCCAUGAUCCCCCCCGCCACCUGGAAUCCAGAGCAGCAGACGAUACAGUGGAAAAUCCCCAGUCUCUCUCAUAGAUCUGAAAAUGGAGGAGUAGGGGCUCUUCUGGGCCGGUUCCAGAUGACAGAAGGUCCCUGUAAACCCUCACAGCUGGCAGUCCAGUUCAGCAGUGAGGGGUGCACUCUGUCGGGGUGCGACAUCCAGCUGGUCGGGACUGGCUACCGGCUAUCGCUGAUCAAGAAGAGAUUUGCUGCAGGAAAAUAUUUGGCGGAUAAUUAGUGGACCUUUUUGUGAACGGAACCAAAAGAAUCAAUGGCUUAAGACUGUGAAGACUAUGGAUCCAUCCCAUGUUUAGUGCAUUUAAAAUGUUAUCUUUAGCGACCAUUAGAAUUAAUGGUUGAGAUUUAACAGAAUAACAGAAGACACACAGAUGAUAUUUGACUUCAUAACAUCAUAUUCAGUAGACCGAAUGCUGCUGAGUUUAUGCAAGUAAAUACAAAUCAUUCGUUUUGUGCACAUAUGGAGACAUAUGGAGUAAAGCAUAGGGAAACCCUGAUUCUUUGUUCUUGUUAACUUAAUUGUGGAUUCAUACAGUGAUCCAGCCUUAUUCAUUUCAGUUUUUUUUGUCUAACUGGUCGUCAUUGCAAAUGCACUGUAAAAGACAAUGUGAAUAGAUUAUAUCAUAUUAAAACAAUCUAAAACACAGUGGAAAAGGCUGGAAAAUGUAAAAAAAAAAAAAAUUUAAAAAGUAGUGUAGUUUAGAGUUGCUUUGCGGUUGUAUUUCAGUAAGUUCUAGGUUCCAUAAUAAUAUCUGAUUUACACUGCCACAUCAAAUCAGAACCCCCCCCCCCACACACACACACUAUUGCAGAAGGGAUGUCACAGCCCUUUCUAUCAGCCUUGUGAUUCAAGGUGUUUGGUCAGUUCACAGUUCAAAAUGUCCCGCAGCGCUGGAAUAGCACUCUUCAUCUGGGGGCUUUUUAUAUGGAAUUGUAUUUGUGUCUCUAUCGGAUCGCAUGAAGGGGAAUUUUGAGCACAGUAAAACUUUGUUUGCAAGAAAAUGAAUUAUAUUUUGUAUAUUGUCAAGCAAAGAAGACUCUAAUUGGAGCAGAUCAAUUAUUUUACUUGUUUGCCUUAUCUUAAAUUUAAAUUCUAGUUUACAAUCAAUAUUUUAUAUAGUAGCACUGGAUCACAUGAUUACUUUAUGCGAAUGAGGUUGCUCGUAGUGACAAACCCCACAGAGAAUAAUUACCCAAAUCGUGUUCAGUUGAUGGUUUUUGAUUUUCCAGACGUAAACUAAACUGAUGACUGAGCUAAGUUGACUCUCGUGGCUCUCAUAGCAUUGUUUUUCUUUGCUGCAGCAGGCAGGUGGUUCAGAGAAAAGGCUCAGAUUAGGCUCAAAGUUGGCAACUAGCUGGUGUACAUUGCGGAGCAUUUUGCUUCUCAAGAGGCAGACUUUCCAUCAGGAGUUAGUCGGGACUAAAAACAGGCCUAAAAGGAGACUAAAUAGUGCUCAUGUUACCGAUACUGCUUGAUGUGUGCAACUGUUUCCUAACAAGUUCACCAUGUCAUCUUAAAAGAUCAAAUGUCCGUGUUGUGUU